CCCUCUCACGGAUUGUUAGGUGUCACUUGCCGUCUGCCGGCUGGAUAUGAUGAUUCUGCGCCUGCAGUGUAAAAGGAUAGUUGCGCAGUUCUUUUGGCAUGGACAGUGCACAUUUCAAGUCUAUCGGACCAGUAGAAAACAGCAAGCCCAGACCAAUUAAUUAAAACAUUCAGGCUGAGGUGUCACCUCGGCGCCAAGGCUUGUUCUCACCCUCUUUGCUACAACAGACACAUUCUUGUUACUAGUUCACCUGCUGGUGCUCGGGGUCAGGUUCCCCUCGAUGAUGCAGGGAUUUAUGGACCUGAGUAAUUUCUGUUUUGUCAUGGGGAGAAAUUGGAAAAGCAGUUCAGCCGACUUGUUGGCUUUCGGCAUACCUUUGGCAGAAGGAGCAGAGCAGAUCAGUGGAGAAGAUAUAUCCAGUGCCUCACCCUGCUUAAAUAAACUACAUCAGAUAAUAAAAUACAACUGGGAGGCUUCCUCAGCUUCCUUUUCACAGAGGCCCUGAAACCAAAGACCUGUCACUCAUUCAUCUGACAUUUAGAUGCGCAAGUUGUCGAGAUAUCCGAUUAUGAGAAACUCAGAUGGGACUCAUCAAUCAUACAGGCCAAUGUGAAAAUAGAAGUUGAAACAGGCCGGAACAAGCUCACAUUUUGUUCCAGCAAGGAGGCUUUCAGCUCCGCGGCUGUAUCACAUCCUCACGUGUAAUGCUAAGUCCAGUGAAAAAACAGUUGACUAUACUGAAACACUGUACUACAGGCAGUCAGGGUGCCCUUUCUGACCCAAUAUGGGUGAAUGGGUGGGCUGCUGGGUGACAUGAUGCUAGGAAUAGGAACAAAGAGAGCGGAGGGGUGAAGUUAUCAAAAAGCAAAAAACAAGGAUGAAGACAGGAAUUCUGAUUGGAAACACCAUCUGUCCAUCUCUGUGUCUCUUUUCCCAUUUUUUAAUUAGCUCUACUUGCUUCUUCAUCGCCUCACUUUCAUAUCCCCCAUCUGUGUAACCGGAGAUGGACUGAAUGGUGGUGACGUCGUCGCCUCCUGGGAACAACAUCCCGAUGCUGCCUGGGUGUGUAAAGCAGAACUCCAGCAUCAGUGAUUUUGUUGCCAGGGGGAGGACUUUACCAGCAGCACUUUCCUAAUAUUGCCUGGAAUUUGCAUGAUGACGGCGACAGCAGCAGCAACGAUGAUGGAUGAAUGACAUUGCAGCAUAAAUGAAUGAGCAUGUACAGUUACAGUAGUAGCCAUGAUAGUAGUUAUAUUUAUAGAGGUAGUAAUGACCAAGCAGAAGAAGCAAUUAAUCAUCUAUCAUUAAAAGUUAUUAUAGCUACAUCAGUGGCAGUCUGAUGUUUCUGAGCCAUAUGUUUUUUUUGGACAGCCUCAGAACAAACUGCAGGAGGAGAACUACAGCAGUUCACAUUUAGCUUGGUGCCUCACUAAUACCUGCUGUUCUGCCUGUAACCACUAGGAGUAGCUAAUGUUCACUGAUGCAGCUUGUGUGACAGAAUAGAAGGGCGAGUAUAUAUACACUAAAGUUUAAAAGGCAAUAUCUCUCGCACAGCUCUUUCUAUAUUGAUGUAAAACUAAUCAAAUUAAGGCUGAGGUACAUUGAUGCUGUAUCCUUUAUUAAAAUUACAAAUGGAAUGUUUGUAAGCACCGAACCUAAAGAAUAGAAGUGUGUACAGUCUGGCCGGUGCCAUGCUACAGUAUGAUGAAUAUGAAAGUCAAAUUUAACUGUUUAAAUUGUUGAGGUCUUGUGACAGACUUUUUCAUUUGAUAUGUCCACGUCAAACAGAGGUGCCCUUUGUGGACAUCGAGUGUGAGCAUGGCACAUUGAUAAUUCAUUAAGCAACAAAAUCUGUCAGUCUAUUGCGUGAAUAUGGGUGAUCUAUUCAGAAUAACGUACAGUAAUGCGGUUGCCUGAAUGUGUCAGUGCCAUCCGCACAGCAGUUACUCUCUAUUGUAUCUGAGAGACAGCCGUGAUACAUGAGAGCAGAUAAGUUAUGGAUCCCCGUCUUGCACUCGGCUGCUGCUGCUGAGAGUCCUGCAGCCUCCUGGGAGUGUGCUGUACAUGUGAGAUAUUUGUCCUUCCUCUGUCCUCGCAUCUCAUCCUCUCCGUCACCUUCAUUCACUCUCCUUUCACCCACCCUGUGAUGUACUCCCCUCAUUUACACCCCCACCCCCCCUACUUCAUUCAGUCCCUGCUUUUCCUGUGCAUCUCUCUGUCUGCUCUCUCUGUCCAUAUGUUUUAGUGUGCGCCUCCCGUUGCCCCCGAUGAGCGUUCUGUCGUGCGGUUGCAGCCGGGGGAAUGAGUGGGGCUCACAGAGUGCAAGAGUUAGACGUCCUCAGGGGUGAAGUCACGCUGGUCUUUUCACUGGACGGUUUGAACUGGCUCUGCAGAAGGAGAUGCGGCGGCGAAGGAAGGGAGAAACGGGGUGAAGAACUCCAGUUCUGGCUACCUUCAGGUCAGAUGAUGGCGGCUGACGAGAAGCUGCAGCCGACCACGUGCUUCCGUAUCCAUAAGCACAGAGGAAGUGCACUUCGUGACUUGUGGAGGGACACUGACUGCAGAUCGAGCUCUGUAACACGGCCAUCAUCCUUUUCUCUCUCAGCGCAGUUCUGCCGUCCUCUGGGGAACUCUUCUGUCCCCGAGUUUCCAGAGGAGGCACCGUGGACAAGACUUAUCUUAAACCCACGGGACGUUUUCACCUUGAUCACAAGGAAUGUGAAUUUGGCUUCCCAGCAGCACACUUUUACAAUGGAUCGCCCAAAUAGGUCUAUCAUUUUCUGUGACGAGGACAUACAGCCGCGACCUUUUGGGGAAAUUCGCUCCACUCGUGAUCGCAGGACACUCAAAGAGAAUGCUGGUAACCGCAUCAGCAAUAAAAACAAUGUGUCAAGGAAUUUGAAAAAUGCCCAGUCGCUCGCCGAUCUCAACAAUAACUCUGAGGACGAUCACGGUGAAGCGGCUCCCGGAGAGAAUUUUAACAUGCUCACUCUCAAAAGUCUUUUAAAACCCUGUCAGAACUACAACCAUCCAGGAGAGUCGCCUGGACGGGACGGGGACGUGAAAAUGAGGAGGAGCGUGUCCUUCAAUGAUGAUGUCAUAGUCUACCUGUUCGAUCAGGAGAGUCCCACCGCGCAGCUGCGCUCUGAGCCCCUCACAUCUCUGCCAAGCAGCUCUGCCUGCGACCUGCCAGAUGUCACAUACGAAGACAGUGGCCUGGAGUGGGAAGACGACUUCUCGGCUCUGGAGAGGAGCUCGCGUCUUCAGCGUGACGGCCACCACGCCCCUUCCCUGCCAACGCGGAGCUGGACCGAUGUGUCCAGGCCACAGCGUUACCUUCCGUCUCAAACCGGCCUCUUCCUCACCCAUGUCGCUGCAUCAGACCUUGAGCUGUGAGAUAGGCAGCCGGAAACACACACACACACACACACACACACACACACUGUGCUGCAGGUGCUGAUGUCUAUGACACAGUGGCAGUCAAACACAGCCUCUCUCUCUCUCACACACACAAACACACACACACACACACCCGCCCGCCCACCGCCUUCAGCCAAAGGCCAUCUGACUGUGACCAUGGCCCAAUGUGACAUCCACACUUGUUUUUCUUCCAGACAGCCAGCCUUGGCCUAAUGGAAAAACUGACUAAUCGUCCACAUCGACGUCCUCUUCACCUCUCUAACUCAUCUCCCCACCUCCCUCCUCUUUUACGAUGAGUCAGGGACUUUAAUGGCUUCUCUCUCUCUCUCUCUCUCUCUCUCUCUAUCUCUCUGUCUCUCUCUCUCUCUCUCUCUAUCUCUCUCUCUCUGUGGCCCAGAAUGGAUUCGAAGCACCUGCUGUUCAUGACAUCACAGAGCUGCAGGACAGUGACAGUGCAUUCAGCUCUAACAGUGGACACGACCACUGGCUGUGAUGUGGUAACACAGCCCAUUGGAUAACCAUGCUGGUACCUUUCCAGCUGCAGAACUCUGCGGAAGCUGCUUUUUUUCAUGCCAGGUUGUGUCCUUGGGCCUGGGCAAUGAAACAUAACUAGACAUAACUAAUGUCAACUUACUUGAGUUUUUAUGAUUUGUCCUCUGUGUCUGACAUCGUGCCGUGUGUUUAAAUCAUUGGAUUCAAGACAUUGCGGGUUAUUCUUGUUUACGCAGUUUGUUUUUUUUGCUCAAACAACGCGUGCUUGUGGAGGCCCUGUUUGCCUGCCUCAUUACUGAAGUGUGUUCAGCUCAGAAUUUAUCAGAGGCUGUGGCUAAAUAAACAGUGUAAGGCUUUAGGGCCAGUGGAGGCAGAAACUGAACAAACUCAAAGUAACAGAUAGUGUUUCUACAGAGAGCCUGCAUUUGGCGAGGUUUGGUUGAUUAGAUACAGUGUACCUGGAGGAGCAAAGGGAACCUGGCAGCCACGCACGCACCAAAGCAUGCACGCAAACACAAACACACACACACACACACACACACACACACACACACACACACACACACACACACACACACACACACACACACACUGUUCAAGGACACCAAACCAAAAAGCUUAACAUGUUUGUUUCUAAGAGCUGGGAGCAGCACAUCUGUAAAUUGUUGUUGUUGAUGUUGUUGUUGUUGUUUUGACACCUUCACAAAAUUUGAACAUCAAUGUCAAUGUUUCAAGAAGCCUAGUUACUAAGCUGUGUGUAAAAUUUGUUUUUUAUCAUUACCAUAUCAUUCUCUGGUCUGUUUAUUUCAGCAAUGUCCACAAAUUUGCUUUGGCCGACAGAUUUUCGACCCGGUGACCCGGUCACUUUCCGGAGCCCGGUGGCUGGAAAGUGAAGCCAACAUGCAAGUGCCUGAAAAAUGUAUUCUCUGGAAUGACCAGCAAAGGGCGACUGAUUGCAAAAAAGAAGUCUUGAUUUAUAACUUUGGCACACAUUUUCCUGAGGAUUUUAAUUCUUCAGUACAGCAUUUUGUGAAUUAUGGUCUCAUUUAGAGUAAAAUAGAUGAUAAAGCACCUUUUGAAUUGGGGCGUCCUCUCGACGAGCUCUCAGACAGACCCACCCUCCACUAAAAAAAUAUGGUUACAUUUGCUUUCAAAAAACCAAGAUGGCGCCAGCCAAAAUGCUUCAAAACAAUAAUUCACAAACCAAUGGGUGACGUCAUGCUGGGUUGCCACUUGCUCACAAUUUGCAAAUAACCACAAAGACCUAAAAACACCAGUUGGCCAGCACAGCAGAUGCAUAUUUGAAAAUGCUAUGCCAGGCAGUGCAUCCUUUUUUUGUUAGAUUAGCAGCUAACCGAGAGUCCUCUCUUCUGUCACUCUAGUUUUUUAAAAACAACCUCAACAACAAGCUCUUGCCAGCUUUUUUUGGUUGAGUUCAAAUAUGGACAGCCCUCCUCCAGAAUUGCUUUCUCCACCUUUAAUGUUGGGGGAAUUAACAUGUUUGAUAAACCACGGAGGACAUUUCAGAAAGAGGAGUAAUCUGAAUAUCCAGGUACACAAAGGGUCACAUGGACCAGUGGGAUGGAAAUGUAGGUACCGAAGAACCGUUUCUAUUUUGGAGGCUUUCCAUCGGCAUAGGUGGGGCUUAGGAGAUAUUGAUUUUGUGAUCCGGAAAAUUAUCAGAGAAUACUAAUAAUAUAUACAAGUCGCAGAACUCAGAUACAUACAGUGAGACAUUGUCUGCAUACAGGGAGAUUUUUGUGUUGGGCUCCACCGACAUGUACUGCUUCUAUUACUACUACUCGGUGAUGAGUUUUUGUGACAAUAUCAAAAUAAGUAUCCUUAAGAUCUUAGAGAAACUAAUUCUGUUUAAUCGCGAGUUAAUUGUUUGGAAGCAAAAGCAACCAUUAGUAAUUUAUUUUUAAAAAGCAAUAGAAAUUUGAAAAAUUGGUCAGAGGAGAGUUAGAAAGCUUAAAGAAACUAGCUACAGAAAAUACAACCUGACAUAAUGUAACAAAAUGAAAUUUUCAGUAUACGUCAGAGCCAUGCCACCACGCUAUCACUAAAGUCCACUAUCUAUCCCAGUAGGAAAGGGCAAUAAUCCCAACUGCCAACAGUUGUGUUUCAGGCCCCAGGUCCAACAGACAAAGUGGGAGGGGAAGGGGUGUAGUGGUGACUAUUUAAAACUGUGAAUCGUGUCACUUGUGAUCCAUUUAGUCACUUAGGUUUGUAUAUUAAUUUAGUUUGACAACAGUUUGAUGGCACCCAGCAGCUCACAUUACACAAAUAUUAUUAUUACAUCUUUACCUCUCGUUACAGAUGUAAUGUAAGUAUUUUAUUUCUGGUUAAAAAGCUAAUAAUGACAUAGUUUAACUGAGAUCUGGUCCUGCUGCUUCUGUACACUCAGGUGUGGCCUGGAGGACUGUAUUCAAAUGAAGCAGGGGAGGCCGAUAAGCCACAAUGGAAAUCAUGUUAACUGCCUGGAAUUAAAGGAGUAUAGACGAGGAACUGGAAUGCAGUGUUUGCGUCUUUUACUUAUUCUUUCAACUAUCUCGCCUACAUCAGGCCCAAAAAAAGAGAAAAAAAAGAAAUGGGGAUUCUUGUGCUAAAUGGUCACAUUAUGCUGGUUACCUGCACGAAUAUCACCAAGUAACUAAGUGAUUUUGAACCUAUUUUUUUUCCGCAUGAGUUAAAUAGCUGCAGUCAGGCUGCUAGAUACUUAAGAAUGAUAGUUCACAUACAAACCAUAUGAUCAGUUUGUAAACUAUGAUGAAUAUUACCAUUCAGGGCUGUGACAAUUAGCUCUAUUCUACUACAAACUACAACAUUUAGGUCAAAUUUGAUCUCAAAUAGUGAUCUGAUAAUAACAAGGCUAGAGGCUUUGCGCACGAUACUUUAUUUUUUACCAGUAGAAAAAUUGGUUUGCGGCAACAUCAACAGACAUUCCAUGUUUAGACUGGCUGACCGGUAUGCACCAGGCCUGUACUUUUGUAUAUAUGUAUUAUGUGUUAAACUGCUUUUAUUAUGCACUUUAUGUAACUAUUAUGUACGUGUGUUGCUCUUAUUAUGUUGGGCUUCGCGGUUCACGUUUUUUUCAAAUCUUUUUACUGCAUGUCGCACGUUGCCCAUGUAGAGAACUUUGUGACUUUUGUAUGUGAAAAGGGUUAUAGAAAUAAACGUAUCAUUUUUAUGACUGCU